AUGAAGGCUAGACUGUCGUUCCUUCUCUACGCACUAAGGACACUCAUACUCAUCAGCCUUUCGGCAGCAUACACUCCACUGCCUGAUGAAGCUCUGAAGGGGAUCCCUCGCCCUGGCGACGAUUUCAACAUCAGAAAUGGCAAGCUGCUUUCCCAAAUCCUCCAACCUAGAGUACCUGGCGGCCCAGGCUCUGCCGCCGUGCUCAACCAUUUUGCAGAAUUUUUUGGAAGCGAACUUCCAGAAUGGACUAUCACAUACCAGAACUCCUCCUCCACGAUCGCUGUGCUGGGAAACAAAGAGAUGCCAUUUGUCAACAUGAUUGCGACCAGAGAUCCUCCCUGGUCGAACCCCGGAGAAGUUGGCUAUCUGACACUGGUCGCUCACUACGACAGCUUAAUGAAACCCGAAGGCUUCAUUGGCGCCAUUGAUAGCGCUGCUCCCUGUGCCAUGCUCAUGCACACAGCUAAGAGUCUGGAGGAUGCCCUCACGAAGAAAUGGGCUGGGAUGGUAGAAGCUGGAGACCAUGAUUUCGAGGACCACAAAGGCCUGCAAAUAAUACUGCUGGAUGGCGAGGAGGCUUUCGAUACCUGGUCUGACACCGACUCGAUCUAUGGAGCAAAAUCACUGGCUGCGGAAAUGGAAUCAACUUAUCAUCCGGCACUUUCGACCUACCACAACGCACUAUCGACCAUCCACCUGUUUGUGUUACUCGAUCUGCUGGGUUCGAGGAAUCCCAAAGUCCCAAGUUACUUCAAGGUCACGCACUGGGCAUAUAAGAAGAUGGCGGAUCUGGAAAAGCGCCUUCGCAACCACUCCCUCUUCGAGUCAUCCGGGUCCUCAUGGUUCUACGAUGUAGAUAAAAGCAAUGAUCGAUGGAUGGGUGGAAUGAUUGGAGAUGACCAUGUACCCUUCAUGGCCAGAGGGGUGGACGUGUUGCAUCUGAUACCAUCACCGUUCCCUCCAGUAUGGCACAAAAUGAGCGACGAUGGCGAGCAUCUGGAUAUGGAUACCACGGAGGAUUGGGCUGUGCUGGUGACAGCUUUCGCUGCGGAAUGGAUGGAUUUAGGGAAUUACAUGGGCGUAAAGUCGGACCAUAAGAGAGCGUCGCGCGAUGAUCAGGUGGAAAGAAUCAUCAGCAAAACAGAAUUAACCUGA